UCUAGCCCUUCAGUCGACCAGCAUCUCUGUCUGACAAUCUGGAGCACAGAGAGAGUCCACUCCCGGUAUUUGGGAGGUAUGGGGCGGUUUCCGUCUUUUAGGAGAUUUCUCUUUUUCUGGGAGCAGAGGAAUCACUUCCAGAAUGGAGAAAACAAGCCUCUUAUUUCAAAGGGAGAUGUAAGAAACGCAGAAGCUGCCUCAUCUGUCUCGUAUCUGGGAACGCAGGACAGUUCAGGAAGUCAGACGAGCUCGACCUUAUCCAGUCAUGAAGACUCAACCAGAGCUUCAUCAAGGAACAUCUUCACCUCACGAGCUCUCAGUCCGUCCAGCUGGAGCGACUACAUCUUCAAGUAUCUCCUGGUCACGAGUAACCUGCUCUUCACUGUUCUUGGUCUGGUCACGCUGGUCGUGGGCCUCUGGGGCCUGAUCAACAAAGAGUCCUUCGCUCAGGAGAAGAUCAGCGGUAUCGGGACGGACCCCAUGCUGCUCUUCUGCUUCCUGGGUCUCGUUCUGGCCCUGCUGAGCCUGAUGGGAUGUGUGGGGGCGCUGCGGGAGAACAUGUGUCUGCUUCAGACCUUCUCGGCUGCAGUCCUGGUCCUGGUGGUGGUGCAGGUACUGGUGGCCGUCGUGUUGUACAGUCUGCAGGGUCAGAUCGUGGAGUACUUGCGCUCGGGCAUGUUGGCCGCUAUGGUGCGGUACCAGGAUGACCUGGACCUGAGGUUCAUCACUGAUGAGAUCCAGACGGGCCUGCAGUGCUGCGGGGCCGAUACCUACAGAGACUGGGAAAUCAAUGUGUAUUUCAACUGUUCGGCUCCAGGGGUCCAGGCGUGCGGAGUGCCCCCCUCAUGCUGCAUAGACCCCCUAGAGAACGGGACGGUGUGGAACAGCCAGUGUGGAGUCGGUGCCCAACAGCUGGACGAGUUCUCGGCCCAGAGCGUGAUCUUCCUGGGCGGCUGUCUGGGCAGCAUCUGGCGCUGGAUCGAGCAGCACAGCGGAGUGAUUGUUACGGCAGUCAUCAUUGUGCUGGGCGUCCAGAUACUCACUCUGUUCAUAACGGCCCGUCUGCUGCAGAGCAUACGGUGGAGCAGAGCUCAGCAUGAUGUGUACCUACAAUCACUGCAAUGAAUGGAUUCAGAUGCUCCCGAUAACAGGAGACUGUGCCAUGUGGAUUAUGAACCAGCCUGUAUUUAAUGAGUUCAUUUAACAUUUAACAUCUGGAAAUGUGAAGUUGUUUAUUCUGGAGACAAACAGUCCAGGAAUUUCACGAUAGCAUGUAAAAUCUUAAAGGCAUUACAAGGAUUUAAUUGGCUUUCAUUGUUUUCAUUAAAUACCCAUUUUUAGUGGGUCAAGCUGGUCAAAAGUACAAUAUUCGCGACACUUCGACCACAGUUUUUAAUGCAACACUAGGGGCGUUAUAGUGAACAUUAUUAAUUUCCGUCAUGUAGAUGAACAUAUCAAUAGUUAGCGUUAUACGUAGGCCUAAGUGGGAAAAUAUUCGAGAAUGGGUGUUUAUUUUGUACAAUAUAAAACAUUUAAAAUAUGUGUAAUUGUUGUUUGUUUUAAUGAAAUAAUCUUUCUAACAUUUAUGAUUCUAUAACCAAGGCUAGCCGGAAAGCUUGCUAAUGUUUCGAAGAAAACAGCUGGCGCAUGCAACUCUUAGUAGAUUGCAACAUUGUGCAUGCGUCAAACUUAAAUAACUCACGUUCUAAACACUGCUAUUUCUUUAGUUACAAAAAAAGAUGUGCCACUGAACUAUUAGGAAUGGAAACCUGACAUAAAAUACUUAUAGUCAAAGGUUAGUUCAGCACUGACACAUCCGAUUUAUUGCGUUUUUCGCAGCGUCUCACACAUGAUUCAACGUUAUAAAGGUUUACAUUCCACUACCCUGCUUCUCGCAUCUCAUGUUUUUUUAAUGCAAAAGCAUGUUCUGUGUAAAUAGUUUCAAUAACUAAAAAUUUAAGCACAUGUUAAUGUAUUGUAUUGUAAAAAAAAAAAAAAAAAAACUGUAUUAAAACCACUUCUUG